GCGGCUUCCUCGGCGCCCGCCCAUCGCAUCCCUCUCGCCGUUUCCCUCCCCGCCUCCGCGUCCCUGUGAAGAUGGCCACGGACGGGCUACACGAGAACGAGACGCUGGCGUCGCUGAAGAGCGAGGCCGAGAGCCUCAAGGGCAAGCUGGAGGAAGAGCGGGCCAAACUGCACGACGUGGAGCUGCACCAAGUGGCUGAGCGGGUGGAGGCCUUGGGCCAGUUUGUCAUGAAGACCAGAAGGACCCUCAAAGGCCAUGGGAAUAAAGUCCUGUGCAUGGACUGGUGCAAAGAUAAGCGGAGGAUUGUGAGUUCUUCACAGGAUGGGAAGGUGAUUGUAUGGGAUUCCUUCACCACGAACAAGGAGCAUGCGGUCACUAUGCCCUGUACCUGGGUGAUGGCAUGUGCAUAUGCUCCAUCAGGAUGUGCCAUUGCUUGUGGCGGGCUGGAUAACAAGUGCUCUGUGUACCCGUUGACAUUUGACAAGAAUGAGAACAUGGCAGCCAAAAAGAAGUCUGUUGCCAUGCACACCAACUACCUGUCCGCCUGCAGCUUCACGAACUCUGACAUGCAGAUCCUGACAGCCAGUGGUGAUGGAACAUGUGCUCUAUGGGAUGUGGAGAGUGGACAGCUGCUGCAGAGCUUCCAUGGACAUGGGGCUGAUGUCCUCUGCUUGGACCUGGCCCCCUCAGAAACUGGAAACACCUUUGUGUCUGGGGGAUGUGACAAGAAAGCUAUGGUAUGGGACAUGCGCUCCGGCCAGUGUGUGCAGGCCUUUGAAACACACGAGUCAGACAUCAACAGUGUCCGAUACUACCCCAGUGGGGACGCUUUUGCUUCAGGAUCAGAUGAUGCAACGUGUCGCCUGUACGACCUCCGGGCAGACAGAGAAGUGGCCAUCUAUUCCAAGGAGAGUAUCAUAUUUGGAGCAUCCAGUGUGGACUUCUCUCUCAGUGGUCGCCUGCUGUUUGCCGGGUACAACGAUUACACUAUUAAUGUCUGGGAUGUGCUCAAGGGCUCCCGAGUCUCCAUCCUAUUUGGACAUGAGAACCGUGUCAGUACUCUGCGAGUUUCCCCUGACGGGACGGCCUUCUGCUCGGGAUCCUGGGAUCACACCCUGAGAGUUUGGGCGUAAUCAUCUUCUCACAACAUGCACAUACGUGUGUGAAUAGUGUAAAUCCUUACAUGCAAAUAGCUACAAUGUCAGAGGAGCCUAGGUUUCUUCUUUUAGUAUUUAUUUAUUUAUUUGAGAGAGAGAAAGUGAGAAUGGGUAUGCUAAGGCCUCCUGCCACUGUAAAUGAACUCCAGACACGUGCAUCACUUUGUGCAUCUGGCUUUACGUAGAUACUGGGGAAUCAUACCUGGGCUUUCAGGCUUUGCAAGUAAGCGCUUUUAACCCCAGAGUCACCUCUCCAGACUGAGCUGGGAUUUCUUGCAGUUUAGCUUUCAGCUCCGUGUUAACUAAGCCACUCUAGGUAUCAUCAUUAAAACCACCUCAUGAGGACUGGAGAGCUAGCUCAGUUGAUAAAGUGCUUGCCUUGCAAGCCUGAGGACCUGGUCCCCAGAAGCCCAUUAAAAAAAAAAAAAAAAGGUGUGGUAGCACCUGCUUAUAAACCCCUAGCAGUGGAGAGGUGGAGGCAGGAGGGUCUUUGAGGUUCAGUGACUAGCCAGCCCAGCCUACUUGGUGAAUUGUAGACAAGAGAGAGAGACACUGUUUCAAAACAAAGCUGCAUGGUAUGCUCUGAUAGGUACACACACCCGACAGUGUAUUCAUAUGGGCCUCAGCACUACACGAGCACCUUUAAGUACAGUGUCUUUCAUUUUGAACACUUUUUAGUUUGUCUGUAUUUAAAGUCAUUCUAGCCAAUAAAAUUCAGCAAUGAAGAUACUCCUUGUUACUUUUCUGAAUCCAGUCCAAGUGUUCCAAAGUGCUUGAACAAUCUGCCCUUUCCAGUGUGGACUGAGACAAGGACCCUUCCCCUAAAUGUCUGGUCUUAUGAACUGAGAAAGCCUGUGUUCAUUGGUUCUGAUUGCAAAUAUAAUUUCACAAAGUCACUUUUUAAA